CUAAAUUCUACGUACAAAGUCCUUAGCCUGUGGUGUCAUUGCUGAAUGACCGAAGAUGUCUCAUAGCAGGUUGUUUGCCAGGCUGCUUUUGCAGCAGAGUGGAGUCAGACACUGUUAUACAGGAAGCAGAAAGAACCUCUACAUCAACAAGAACACGAAGGUCAUCUGCCAAGGCUUCACAGGAAAGCAGGGAACAUUUCACAGUCAGCAGUCUCUCGACUAUGGCUCGCAGCUUGUGGGAGGAGUUUCUCCUGGCAAAGGCGGAAAGACGCACCUCGGCCUGCCAGUCUUCAACUCAGUCAAGGAGGCAAAGGACGGUACAGGAGCCGAAGCGACUGUGAUUUAUGUACCUCCACCAUUUGCGGCCGCUGCCAUCAUCGAGGCAAUAGACGCAGAGAUACCCCUGGUGGUGUGCAUCACUGAGGGAAUCCCCCAGCAGGACAUGGUGAAAGUCAAACAUAAGCUCCUGCGUCAGAGCGCCACCCGCCUCGUAGGCCCCAACUGCCCAGGAGUCAUCAAUCCUGGAGAGUGCAAGAUUGGAAUUAUGCCGGGACAUAUUCACAAAAAAGGAAGAAUUGGCAUCGUUUCCAGAUCAGGUACCUUGACAUAUGAAGCCGUGCAUCAGACUACACAAGUGGGCCUGGGCCAGUCUCUUUGUGUGGGUAUUGGUGGUGAUCCAUUUAAUGGCACAAACUUCAUAGACUGUCUGGAAGUGUUCCUGCAAGAUCCCAAAACAGAGGGGAUUAUCCUCAUCGGAGAGAUUGGAGGAAAUGCUGAGGAGAAUGCUGCCGAGUAUCUGAAGCAGCACAAUACUGGAGAUAACGCCAAGCCUGUGGUGUCGUUCAUCGCUGGGCUGACGGCUCCUCCAGGCCGCAGGAUGGGCCACGCUGGUGCCAUCAUCGCUGGUGGGAAGGGCGGAGCCAAAGAGAAGAUCGCAGCACUCCAGUCUGCUGGAGUUGUGGUCAGCAUGUCCCCCGCUCAGCUGGGGAGCACAAUGUUCAAGGUGAUGAAGUCUGUGAGAGGAGUUUGAGAAGAGAAAACUGUUGUAAAUUGCGCUCUAAGACACCCGACUUUACACCCAUCCACCUCUGGAGCUGGACAUGCCCUGCAGUAUCUGUGAACCCCGACUAUCUCAUCAUUGAUACGCACAUGCGGCGUUUCUGUUGUCAUUUCUGCCAUGAACUUGUACCUUGCACAUAAUGAAAGAAAUAAAACAUUAGUGUCUUACAUUAAACAUCUCUGUUAUAAGCCAUGCAAGAGUUUUUUAAUCAGUGUAUUCUUCCACAAAGUGCUACCAGCUGAAAGGGAGAUACCACAGUUUCGUUUUGUAACACUGUAAGAUUUAUUUCAUCAUCAAUUUCACUGGCUGUCCACUUGAAAAAGAAAAAAAGAGUUCUCAUAUUAUUUACCCCCUGUGUUAUGUGUGUAUACUUUCAAAACAACAUGCACAAUGAGACUGUCUGUUGGUGCUUCCCAUGAUUAAAGAUUCAGUAACAACCUCAAAGGACAGAACGACUUGGUUUAAGAAUCAAUGGAAUCAUCUUUUUUGUUGAAGUUGUCUGCAAUCAGUAUCUUACCUGUGGUAGGCUCAGAUUCGGUUCUGAUCAGCUACAACAAGCUACUCAUUCGAAUAGAAUGACCCCUUUCCUACAUUAGCAGAUUUGUAAUCUGAAAUAUCCAACUAUUAGUUCGUGUAAGGUUUAGCUAAAUCACUUGUGGCAUAUUCAGCAAUAUCUCUGCCAAUUUGAGACCAAAACCUGCUUCUCUUAUGGAGUUUUCAAAAUAAAGACAAGCAAACAUG